AGCGCGUGUGAUAGGUCUGGUCAUCGGUGCCACAGACAGGACCCUCGCUCUCAUCGCACUCGCCCAGCUUGGCGGCGCACGCAGACAGCUUCAGCUGGAAAGUCCAAGGAAGAGGUGUCAAUUGGGAAUGUGAAGCAUUUGUCUACAGGACCGGACCGCACCGCUCCCAAUACCACUGCCACGUUCCCCGCUGAGGGGGGGACACGCUUAAAUAGAAUCAAACACGCGUAAAAUGAUUUAUCGCAUUUAUGGCCAAGUCACCGAGUCGCCAUGCGUCUGGCUACUCGAAUCUGACUUGCAUACGGAAUGGCGAACAGUGACUGGCCGCCUGGACUGGCACGGCAUGACCCGGCAGAAGGGGCAGCAGCGGCGGAAGCGAGGCGUAUACAUGCGACAUGGCUAAUAUGAAAAUCAAAGUUGUCAGGCCCAUAACUUGAAUGGCAUCUCAAAUACGAGCAAUGUGCAAAAAGCUAUGCGAAACCCAAAAAUUCGCACUGAAAUUAUGGCAGCCUGUCGCUUUCGUUGUCGCUUGGAUGUUGUCGAGUGUCGACCAACUGGCUGGCUGGGACGCCGAUGCCGAUGCCAAUGCCUGGGCCCCACGGCUGCUGAGUGAGCGAAUUCUUGUUUAGCCCACAAUAUCAUAUAUACAUAUGAGUGUACAUAUAUUUGUACAUAAAUAUGUAUGUAAAUCAUAAAUAAUAAAUAUAGGGGGCCCAAACACAAUUGCGUAGCACUUAAGACUGCCACUGCAGCAGCGCCUUUUGUCGCCAAUUUGUUCGGCCAGCCCACAGCCCACGUCCAUUUGGACAUUAAUGAGAUUUUGCUGUUAUUGAAAAGUCACAUUCAUCUCUGCGUAUCUAAAUGUCCAAUAGCUGAAACAUGUUUUGGAUAAGAUAUUAGGAUACUAAUUGAGUUUCUUGCAAAUACCAAAAGCGAAAGUGGAUCUACUCAUUAUAAAAUAACAAUACGAACAGUGUUGUUUCGACUAGUCAUUACUAAUUUACUAAUUAAAGAUCAACUACACAGCAACCCAGGCAGCUUCAUAUUCCGAAUUCUUGUGGCACACCAACGCAGAAUCUUUCUUGUAUCUCCCGAUACCCUAAGAAGGCUGUGAAAUUAACUCCUGUCUUUUGUCAUUCGUAUUUCUGCCCUUCAUUUAAUCAAUAAAUUUUAGUUUUUGUGAAAUCGCCGGAAAAAAAACCAGCCUGAAGUCCACGCCAUGCUCCUGCGACGGAUUCUUCUUCUGUUUGUGGCACUGAUUACGAUUGGAUUUCUAAUUGGAAGCUUAGCCCUUGCCUGCUCGUACCUUUGGAAAAAUUCAUACCAGGAGGAGGAGAGCAUCCGUAUAGACGAUGUGUUACUGGCUGAGCCCAAGCCCACACCCGGACGGGGCAUUUUCUUUCACGAGACCAGCAGCUUUGAUGACGAAAAUAAAGAGGAUAAUGUCCUGAAGCUAAACGCCCGUCAGGCAUGCGCAGUCGAAUCUGCUGCUCUCCACAAUCCCAAUUUUCAAGUGUUUCUUUUGUUUGCCGUCCGAAAAGACGUCGGCCUUGAUGAUGACAACAACGGACGGAAAACUGGCAUCAAGCAGCCGCUAGUCGAUGCCCUUUUAAGCUACAAUAAUGUUCAUUUGAGGCGUCUGCAUGUCUGGAGAUACGCAGCCGGCACACCCAGCGAAGAGUGGUUAAACACCGGUUACUUAUUCUGCUCGCGAUAUAUAGUCGUUCAGAUGUCGGAUUUCCUGCGAUUUUUAACCCUGUUUCGGUAUGGCGGCCUGUAUCUGGACUUGGAUGUGGUUGUGCUGCAAAAUAUGGAGGAUAUGCCAGCCAAUUACGCAGGAGUCGAGUCCGAUUUAUUUGUGGCCAAUGGCGUCAUGAGAUUUUCACACAAUGGUACUGGUCAUGACAUUGCCCGGCGCUGUCUGCGCGACUUUCAGCUUAAUUUCAAUGGCUAUGAAUGGGGCUACAAUGGUCCAUGGGUGAUAACACGCGUGGUCAAAGAGAUUUGCGGCACUGACAAAAUCCCAAAGAUGCUACAUAAUACCAAUCGCUGCAAAGGCUUCAAGGUGUAUGAUCAAGGCGCCUUCUUCGCUGUACCUGGUGUUCACUGGCGUGACUUCCUAGAGCCCGACAAACUGGAGCAGACAAUGGCGCUCACAAAAUCCUCGUAUCUGGUGCAUGUGUGGAACCGUAACUCCAAAAACGCAACGAUCAAGGUUGCUACUCCCUGCGCUUAUCUUAAAAUGGCAGAACAAAAUUGCCCGCGUGUCUUUCAUGCGGCGGGAGAAUACUUCUAGAUAAAUAAUCAUCUUCAAAGUGGAAAGUAGUGCGGCUCUGUAGAUAUGUAUUUUCAAAAUAGAAUUCAAAUUUAGGUGAAAGUGUCAACAAAGGGCUUCGAAAAACAAAAAUGAUUAGAAGAGUAAUCAACUUAGCUCACCGGCUUCUGUGAAUGACAGAGCUAACAAUCCUUUUAUUAAAACUUUGGAUGUCUUUAAAUACCAGAAGCCAGACAUAAAUGUUGUACCUUCAGAGGUAAUACAAAUAAUACCUGCCCCAGUGUUAUCUU